CAUUCUAAAAGUACAAAGGACUACCCAAGGAUACUCAAUGAAGACGGCUGUUUACCCGGGAAAACAAUCACCGAGAUGUCAAUGCUGCAUAAAAAAAUUUACCUAGUUUUUAUAAGUACUUUAAUACUAUGUAAUGUUAUUAUUGAAGGUAAUGAUGGAUUGGAAAAUGAAAAUAACAAUGUAGUAGAAUGUCAGUUGGGACGGGCAUUGAGAAAGCAGGUUAAACCCACGCCACUUGGUGGUAUGUGUCUCAAGGACAUCGUCGUACGCUUGUCGAAAACUCUACGGUCGAUUGGCAACGAUGAGUUGGGCCUUGUGCAAUUCCAGCGAAUGCUCGAUCAGCUGGACUUCAUCGAGGUCCCGGAUGAACCGGAAUCUUCAUUGAAAACACUUGUCAAUGAUAUUGAUGCCCAGCUGGAGAAAUUUCUUGAUAUCUUGGAGCGCAGUCUAGAUAUUGUUGCACCGAUUAUUAAGAGUAACACUUAUGAUCAUUCUUAUCUGGAUCAUGAUCAAGAGUUACAGGUGCAGAGAGAACAAUCUCUUGAUUUUUGUAAACAAAUUGAAGAUGCAUUGGCAUACAAUUUAAAAGAGAACGGCUGGAAGAACAUCAGAGUAAUUCCAAUAAAACGACCGGGUAAAAUAUGCGGACAGGCUGGCCCUGUCCGCAACAUCGGUUCAUUAUUUCUAUCCCAGUGCGACAAGCCAAGAAACGUAAUCGUCCUUUUAGAAAACGGAAUUUUCAUGUCAGAAGACGACAUAGCGCUAGCUCGCGCCACAGCAAGAACAAUAGUUGACAUGCUGUCAGAUACAGAUUUAAUAACAGUAAUCAGCCUAGCCAACAAAACAUCUCUCCUCUGCACUGACGCUCUUAUAAAAGCGACAGAUGUCAAUAAGUAUCAAUUAAUCCGGCUGAUAGAUUCAAUAGCAAGGCUUGACGCUAAUGAAUCACCCUCAAUAGACUUUAAAUCAAUGACUAAAAACUUACGUGAUGAUAUUGUUAUAGUCCAUAUUACAAAUACAUUUAAAGACUUAUCAAAUGUUAAAAAUAUUGUUAAAACUAUUGCGUCCAACAAAUUAAAGGUUUAUUUUCGUACUGCGUUGAUAGUAUCAGACUUGAAGCCGACUGUUAAUGUUGAAGAGACAUUUAUUAACGAGAGUACAGCAACUCUUCCGACAAACAAUCCACUGGGUUACGAUGUCGCAAGACUGUUUGCUAAUUUAGAGUGUCCAAUAAUAAAUAAGAAAUAUUUCUAUUUAUCAGAUAUAUUUUUACAACCUUACGGUAAGACAUUAGGAGUAUCGAUAGUUAGAGCUACCGAUGAAGUACUUAUAUCACUAGACGUUAAACUUCGUGAAUUUGUUGAGAAGAUAACUUACUUCAACGCUGGAAUUAACAACAACGCCGUGUUGUUCGACAAAAAAGGCUUAGUGUGGAUGAACAAAAAUUUUCCACGGGUUGAAACUCUCUCAGAGCAGCCUAUAGAAGUAAAUUUACAUGACAUAGAAAACUUCGACAAGAACUUUGUCGUAGAAAUGAUUGAAAGGCCCAAAGGAGCCAAGGAAGUCCAGAAUAAAUUCAAUGAAACAAUAAGUGUCAGAUGGAAGCACUUAAAGUACUUAGAUUUAAUAAUCUGUAUAGUUACAGAUAAAAAAAAUACCCGCAGGUCAGUAGCUAAAUUUCCUCCCCCGCUUCCGGACAGUAUUCUGCACCACAGGCUGGAUUUAGUAUCAAAAACCCUGGCGGAGAGCGUGGAGCUCUGUUUAGACAGACGGAACAUAGUGAGCCCUUCAAAAGCUGUUAUGUACUUAUCACCCUGGUGCUUGAACUCCUGGAGAGAAGACCUGGCCUCGCUGAUGAAUCUCCAGAGCUACAUGGCCUACAUCAAGGACGCGACGCGGCUGCUCAGAAAUCCUGGACUUGGUCCGUUUGUCCGUCGAGACGCAGCAAUGCUCGCGCAGAUUAUCGACCACUGGAAGACCCGCCACCAGGAGAGCCCCUCCAAGAUGUUCAUAGUCAGAAGAUACAUGGCCGCUGUCGAGAGUGGAGUAGUAGAAGUUUAUCCAGGUCUGGCGAUGGACUCGAGCUUGGAUCCAAGAAGGCGAGCCUGGUACGGCAAGGCCUUGGAGCAUCCGGGUAAAAUAAUUCUAACCGGCUCGUACUUGGACGGCGGAGGUGCUGGGUACGUUGUCAGUCUCAGCCAGACUAUCUACGAGGGUCGAAAGUCGGCUGUUCAUGGCCAAGAAGACCCGGUGGUUGCAGUAGCAGCAAUGGAUUUUUCUCUGGGAUACAUUAUGAGGUUACUUAAAGACAUGCUGCCUUUUUGCAGCGAUUCUAUGAUCAAAUGCUUCCUGAUGGAUGAUAAAGGCUACCUGGUGUUCCAUCCGUCGUUCCUAGACCCCGGGGGUAAGUUCGAGCAGCAACACUUGACUCACAAAGAAUUAUUGGUGGCUACUGAUAUUCUCAAUCAUGAUUUUUUUGUGAGGAAAAAAAUUUGUGCUAAUUUUUUGGACGGUACUGUUGAGAGGUACUAUCAAUUUAACACUUCUCUUGAAGAAGUUCUGACUAAUAUAAUCCACGGAGAACAUUGUGUCAAGUAUCAGCUAGCUGCUGUUCCAGAUACUAAUUUAUUUUUCGGAGUUGUUAAUGAAACUUGCACUCUUCCGGCUUUUUGUCCGUGUAACACGAUGGCAAGGUCGUGUUUAAAUUGCAAAAGGAUGGAACAAACUGAGUGCGAGUGUCCUUGCGAGUGUUCUUUAUAUUCUUCAGACUGUGAAGCGACGAAUAUCAGCAAUAUCGAGCCUUGCAAGCCGCCGUAUGAGCAAGGAAUAGUUCCCACGACUCCUUGGGACAGAGUGACUGUUCCGGAGCAGCUGAACCUCCAGCAGUGUCCAUCUUCUGACUGUAAAGGUUACUCAACUGAGCUGGAUUGUCUGGGGAUUGUUGGCUGCCAGUGGUGCUCUCUUGAGAACGACGGAGAGUUGAGCUUGGCUAAUCCGUUUUGUUCGGACGUCAAUGCGUGCUUUAAAGGAGUCUUUGGAGCCCCGCUGCCCUACGCUGAUGGCACUUUUAAUUCUCAGGCGACUGAAAACAGCAUUGGGAAGGAAUGGCCCUCGGUUGGUCCGGUUGCUGGAGGAAUUCUUGCUAUUGUUCUUAUAUUUGGCAUCGUGCUUUUCUGCUACAGGUUACACAGCGUGCAGUCUGGCUUGGAACAUCAGUGUCUACAUCUUAAUGGGUCGCCUGACACGCUUAGGAUGACUCACUUGGAUAUCGGGCUCGGGGGAAGCACUGAUGGAGAUCCGGUGGAGUUAGACCGGUCGAAAAAUCAUUUGGAUUCUCUGCUUCAUGAAAGCACGCCGCCGAUAUCGCCCUAUCGUGUUGCUACUAAUUAUAGGCGACCUCCGGGAGGUGAUAGUGAUCAUGGGUACAGCACGAUGACUCCUCAUGAUGAUACGGAACAGCAGUCUUUUGUAGAGCCACUUUUACUUAUCAAUGCUAGCAUCGAACCUGAAGAUGAACGGCCUGUUGCUUCAGCACCCUCGCCCACGACUAGACUUGAGUCGCCGCACAGGGUUUUGGUUCCUGUUACCGUCCAUCGGAAUAUGGAAACUAAUUAUUGUUAA